AUGUUAGAGGGUAAAGAGCGGCCAGGCUGGCCGUUGCGCUUCUACGAGGCUUGGGAGGACAAGGCUGGAGGCAUAAAGGUGCGGGAGGGCACCGUAUCGUACGAGCAGCUGACCCAUUGGUUGACCCUACAGGCCAACUACGCAAUUGCGGAUAAUGACGGGCUUCUGCUUCUUGAGGAGCACAUGGUCUUGCGCCUAAUCACCUGCGACUUCUCCGAUUAUCCCUUCGCUCUCGGGUGCGGUCAAGCCUCUUUUCUUAAGAUCAAAAAGGCUUUCCGGCUCCAUGACACGACUGAGGAAGCCUUUGUUAGCAAUAACGGAGCAUUCGCGAGGUACUUUAGCGCUGGUGUCAAUUCCGUGGAAGCGGACAGCCUGGCCAUGGUCAUCAAGAUACCGCGUUGGGCGAGGGGCUCAGGAGCCUUAUCGUUGUCUUUCGAUCGUAAAACAGCAACCACACGAGCAUUCCUGAAUUGGAUACCAAACCAUGAGCAUGAAGCACUGCUCAAUCUACUUCGCGAUCAGAAAGACAAGUCUGCAUACAGGCACCCUCUUCUGCUACCUACUCAUAUGCUUAACAGCCACCAAAGAACAAUGGAAGCAUACAGAAAGCUAGUGGACGACACUAUCGUGAAAGUCGAACUCCGCGUUGGUUAUGCGCUCCCGGGUCUAUUGUACUACAAGCCGAUCGUCCCGUUGGUCGCAUGGGGCACUGCCGGACCAGAUGAUUUUGAGGACGUGGUGCGCAGACUCCACGGUACAUUGGCCGAACUUGGAGCUCUGUGUUUCGAAUGCACUUUCGGUAAAGACGCGGGAGCGUUUCUGAUGAAGACCCAGCAAGAGCUGGCGGGUCGGGGGUUUAUCAGCCUAGUGAAGGUCUCUCCGCGAGUUUCCGAAGGUUUUGUACACCAGAUCGAUUUCGCUGCGAACCUGUACUCUACCAUGGUGGGACAGGCUGCAGUUCUCAAAGAGCGUGUGCAGAGCCAUAUCAACUUGACCUUCAGUCUCAUCGCCCAAGAAGAGAACAAGCUCAGUCGAGCGGUAGCCGAACACAGCCAACGAGACAGCGCCGCCAUGCGAACAAUCGCAGUGAUGACCAUGUUCUUUCUUCCGCCCACAUUCGUCGCGACACUUUUCAGCAUGGAGAUGUUCGACUGGAGUCCAGAGGCACCAAGGAAACGCAUGGUCUCUGCCAAUUUCUGGAUUUAUUGGGUCAUCGCGGGCCCAUUGACCAUCAUCGUGCUGGUCGUCUGGCGCUUCUGGUGGGUGAAGGAGGAGAAGCGCGCACAGGAUGAGCUCCGUAAGACGAGACAACGAAGGUGGAGUAAGCCGUAG